GCGGCGGUGGGGGCGGGGCUGCGCGCCAUGGCCGCCGGCCGCCUGCCGCCGGGCGCCCUCACGCUGAAGCAGUUCCUGAGGCGACAGCAGGUGCUUCAGUUGUACAGGAAGAUCCUGCGGGCGAUUCGUGAGGUCCCUGGUGAAGCAGAUCGACACUAUUUAAAGGACUGGGCCAGGGAGGAAUUCAAGAGAAAUAAGGAUGCUACAGAAGAGGAUGCAAUCAGGAUGAUGAUCACUCAAGGCAACAUGCAACUUCAGGAACUUCAAAGAACACUUAAGCUGGCGAAAUCCUGACCGUGAUUCUGUGGACACCUGGACUGACUUUGUGCUGUGAACAAGCAGAGUGUUUUUCCCAGAGUGUGGUUACAAUGACAGCCUUUGCUGACAACCUGCUGAUGUUUGGCAGUGGAGUCUACCACAGUGGGGGUUUUGUUCUCUUUCCCCUUCCCCUUCUUGGUUUGGUUACUCUCCCAUGUGGAAGUCACUCCUUCACAAAGGGCUUUAAAGAACUGAAUGCAUGAUGUAGCACUGGAGCUUGUGCUGUGGGAAGAGCAGAAAGCACCAAAAAUUACAACAGCCACACUGUGAGGGAAAUGGAAAAUAAAGGAAAGCCACAUUGCUUUCUCUGUGUUCUGUUGUGGCAGCUCUC